ACCAAAAGAGAUCAUAUCGAAAUGCUGUUCGCCGGAGUUGGAGUACUCUUUGUGGUAGCUGUCGCUUUCGGGGAUUCCCUGGAUGUGUGCUUGAAGGACAUGGGCUGCAUGCGAGGCACUUUGAUGCCAGGAUAUCAGAGCGAAGACUUCGAAGCCUUCAUGGGCAUUCCCUUUGCCCAGCCGCCAGUUGGACCGCUGCGUCUUAAGAAUCCUGUGCCGGCUGAGUCCUGGGAGGGAGUACUCGAUGCUGGAAUGGCGAAAGACAGCUGCAUGCAGAGGAGCUACUUUGCGAAGGAAUGGGGCUUGAUGGGCGUGGAGGACUGCCUCUACCUGAACGUCUACAGACCCAAGAAACGGGAUGGAGCUAACUUGCCGGUGAUGGUGUAUAUACAUGGAGGCGGUUUCUUUGGCGGCUCUGCCCAUCCGAUGGCCACUGGACCAGAGUAUCUGAUGGAUACCGGCAAGGUGGUCGUGGUAACAGCUAGCUAUCGCCUUGGUCCCUUUGGUUUUCUUAGCACUGGCGAUGAGCACAUGCCUGGGAAUUUCGGAUUCAAGGAUCAGCGAUUGGCGCUGCAGUGGAUUCAACAGCACAUAGCUACAUUUGGAGGGGAUCCUAAAAAGGUCACGAUCCUUGGGCACAGUGCUGGUGGAAUCUCUACGCACUUGCACAUGAUCAGCCCGAAUUCAAAGGGACUCUUCCAAAAUUCCAUGUCCCUGACUGGCACCAUGUAUCUGUCGGCCAUAAAGAUCCUUAAAGAUCCCCUAAGUCAGGCAAGGCAUCUGGGCAAGGAGUUGGCCAUCGAUCAAGCGGAGAGUCUCAGCAGCCAGGAUCUUGCUGAAGCGCUACGUGAAGUGUGUCCAAAAAAACUGCUGCUCAGUGUGGACAGCUUAAAGGUGUGGGAUAACAUGCCCCACCUUUCCAAUCUCCCAGUACUGGAGACUCCAUCUCCAGAAGCCUUCCUGGUCGAGGAUCCGCUGGAAGCCCACAGGGCAGGUCGCAUUAACCAGGUGCCCUGGGUACUCAGCCUGAGUUCUCGAGCUGGCGAGGGAUCCCUAUUCAUAAUGCGUGCCUUCAUAAAUCCAAAGCUUCGGGCGGAGUUCAAUGAGAACUUCCUGGAACACAUGGCUCUGCUGCUCAACCUGCCCGAGGGCACUCCUGUCCAGAUGGUCAGCGAAAUACUGGAGGCGUAUGAGUUUAAAGGCGACAGUCUUAACAACGAUACCAUGUUCAAGUUGGCAGAGAUCUCCGGUGAUUUCAACUUUUAUUUUCCGAUUUACGAAACUGUUUCGACGUAUCUCACUUAUGCCAAUCUCGAUGAGAAUCCAUUGUACAUCUAUAUCUUUGAGUUUAUCGGCCUAAGCUCUAUUACCAAGUUCUUUGCGGGCGCCGAUGACGAUUUUGGACUUGGAGCAGUUCACAUGGAUGACGGUCUGCACACCAUACGCAUUCCGGUUGGCUUUGAGGAUUUUCCCAAGGAUUCGGAGGAUGCCAAGGUUAUCCAACGAAUGGCUUCGCUGAUGACGGACUUUGCCCAAACGGGAAUUUUCCAUGAAGCAUCUAGCUGCAAAGCUUCGGAUUUCAAGGAUCUGGGCAUGUGCAAGUAUCUGCACUUUGGUGGCAACAAAGAAAAGUAUCUGGAAGAUAUUCGUAACAGCAUGCAGCUCUCAGCAUUUCCCAUAUGGAAAAAGCUGUUUUCACGUGGACCGCCGGCGAUGAUUCAACUACGGAUGCUACAGCUACUACCGCUGCUUCUUGGCCAGCUCUUCUUGGCUGGCCCUGGACCCUUCUGCACGGCCUUGGCCACUGUGGACCAGCUCACCGUGUGCCCGCCAAGCGUCGGCUGCCUGAAGGGCACCUACCUCCAGGGCUAUCAGUCCGAGAGAUUCGAGGCCUUCAUGGGCAUUCCCUAUGCCCUGCCGCCCGUCGGAGAUCUGAGAUUCAGUAACCCCAAGGUGAUGCCCAAGUUGCUGGGGGUGUACGAUGCCAGUGGGCCCAAGAUGGACUGCAUCCAGAAGAACUAUCUGCUGCCGACUCCAGUAAUCUACGGCGAUGAGGAUUGCCUCUACUUGAACGUCUACAGGCCAGAGGUUCGGAAACCGGCACUACCUGUGAUGGUCUAUAUCCAUGGCGGUGGCUUCUUUGGCGGCUCUGCAGGCCCAGGAAUAACAGGUCCUGAAUACUUUAUGGACUCGGGUGAAGUGAUUCUGGUGACCAUGGCCUAUAGACUGGGACCCUUUGGAUUCCUAUCGACGCAGGAUGCCGUGAUGUCUGGCAACUUUGGCCUGAAGGAUCAGAACUUGGCGCUGCGUUGGGUGCAGCGCAACAUUCGCUUCUUUGGCGGUGAUCCUCAGCGGGUGACCAUUUUCGGCCAGAGUGCCGGCGGAGUGGCUGCCCACAUGCACCUGCUGAGUCCCAGAUCCCAGGGACUCUUCCAUCGUGUGAUCAGCAUGAGCGGCACGGCCAAUGUGCCCUUUGCCAUUGCGGAUGAGCCUCUGGAGCAGGCUCGCCUCCUGGCGGAGUUCGCCGAGGUGCCGGAUGCAAGGAAUCUGAGCACGGUGAAGCUGGCCAAGGCACUGCGUCGAGUAAAUGCCACCAAACUGCUGAACGCCGGCGAUGGUCUCAAGUUCUGGGAUGUGGACCACAUGACCAACUUCCGUCCGGUGGUUGAAAGGGGUUUGGAAGGCGAGGCUUUUCUCAGCGAGCAUCCCAAGGAUAUCCUGGCCCAAGGAGAGCCCACAUCCAUUCCCCUGCUCUUGGGCACCGUGCCAGGCGAGGGAGCUGUGCGGGUGGUGAACAUCCUGGGCAACGAGACGCUCCGCCAGAGCUUUAACAUCCGGUUCGACGAGCUGUUGCAGGAGUUGAUGGAAUUCCCGGCCAGCUUCAGCCAGGAGAGGCGCGAAAGGAUGGUGGAUCUGCUGGUGGAAGUGUAUUUCCAGGGCCAGCACGAAGUCAACGAGCAGACCGUUCAAGGGUUCAUGAAUUUAAUAUCCGAUAGGGGUUUCAAGCAGCCCCUGUACAACACCAUUCGAAAGAAUGUUUGCCACACGCCGAAUCCCGUCUACCUAUAUAGUUUCAACUAUCGCGGAUCCCUGAGCUAUGCGUCUGCAUAUACAUCUGCGAAUGUGAGUGGAAAAUACGGCGUGGUCCAUUGCGAUGACCUGCUGUAUCUGUUCCGUAGUCCACUGCUUUUCCCGGACUUUCAGCGGAACUCCACGGAGGCGAAGGUGAUCCAUUCCUUCGUGGACUACUUCGUGCAUUUCGCCAAGUUUGGAAAACCCAGGAAUUCCGAGUCACUGAACCCCUGCUCCAUUGAGGUGCUCCAGUCACGUCCCGACGGCAUAUGCGAUUAUCACGAGAUCGCAAAUGCACCAGAUCCCUCCGAAGGCUGCGAGGUUCACGUGGCCAGCGAAUUCCAGACGGACAGGGUGAAUCUAUGGUCCCAUAUACUCAGCGAAAAGGCGAAUAUUUCGUAGCUCUGCUCAAGCGAUGCAAAAAUGUAAAUAUAAAUAUGCGUAGAAAGUAGGUUAGCACCAAGCUAUUGUAAGGAAAUAAACUACUAGCAAUAUGUAAGA